GAAGGAAAGAAGUGGCCCUUCUCCUUCUAGCAGAGAUGCAGGUGAUGUUUUACCAUCAAAAAUUCAUGGAACAACUUCCACCAAGGAUCUGGAUGUGAAAGAGGGAGCAAGAAAGAGGCAGACAGCAAAUAGUGAUGCAAAAAUCUCCAAACCGUCUGUCAUGGAGGACUCCCAUCAGCCCAGCUCUCCUCCAUCCAAGCCAGAGGCCUUUGAACUGUUUAAGAAGGAGGCUGGAAGUGAGAUCAACAGGAUCUUCAAAGAGAACAAGAACAUCCUCCUGGACAGGAAGAAGAAAAGCAAUUCAGUAGCUCAGAGGAUCAACCUCAUCAAGAAGGAGAUGGAGGGCAUCAGGGAGGCUCUGGAGGCUCAUAAGCAGAAGAGAUGGCAGGAGGGAGAAUAUACUGAUGAGAAGGGACAGGUUAUCAUUGAUGAGAAGGAGUUUGUGUACAUCAUAAAACUGAAAGAGCUGAAGAAGGAGUACAGGUCUGGCUGUGCUGAGCUGCAGGACCUGAACGCAGAGAUCCAGUACUGCCAGCAGCUGGUGGACAAGUGCAGGAAAAAACUCAUCUCAGAGUUUGAGAUCUGGUACAGUGAGUCCUUCCUUAUCCCCGAAGAUCUGCAGGAAGCUCUGAAGCCUGGUGGGAACAUCAGACCUGGAAUGAUUCCCAUAAACAGAGUCAUGUGCUUGGAGGAAGAUGACCAGGACAGGUUUAAGCAGAUGCAGGAGACCACACUGCCUGACUGCCCAACUUCUGUCCCCUUCUACAGGGCCAGAAUGAAGACAGAUCAAAAGCACACCUACAGCAGAACCAUGUCAUCCCUCCAGAAAAUGCACAGGAAACCUGGGAUCAUCAGGGCUGCUGGGAAGAACAAGCCCCUGUCCUUCCUGCACAUCACAUAG